CAUGCGAAUCGCACGGCACGGAUUAUACGAUUCCCGGAUUUUUUGGAUGCUCGCAAAAUACGCGCCUUUGACGAAUAUCCGUACUUCGUGCACACUUCCUCAAGUUGGCGCGUUUUUAUUGCUCCGGCAAAAAGUAAAGUGUCUCAUCAUUCCGGCUGUUCCACGCUGUUUGGGGCAAGUGAAAUGUGCGCAUCGCAUCCGCUCGUCCCGGUUUUCAUCAUAACGUGACAACAAUUUUGAUUUGGCCGUGACGCGAGUGUUUGUGCCGUAACUAAAUACGGGUUUAUUGCGGUGGUUGGCCGCUACUGCUGCUACUGCUGCUGCUGCCUCACCAACUUUGACUAAUGAAUAAAAGUAGACAGUGCAAAAAGAAUUUGUGUGAGCGGCAAGGACAACAGUCAAAGGAAAAGUUUUAAGGGAGGCGUAAAAGGCGUUUUGGUUGCCAAGAUGCCUCUUCUGGCCCCAUUCAGUUGGAUCUGGCUCUGUCACUGGCUUUUGGCCUACUCCAGCCUCGCCCAGGCGCGCGUUGGAUACUUCUGGCACAUCAGUGACCUGCACCUUGACACCCUGUACUCCACCCGGGGUGACAUCUACCGGAGCUGCUGGCAGUUGGCUCGAUCGGUUUCCGGUUCCGGUGGCAACAAUGCGGCAACAGAGGCACCUGGCACCUUUGGCCACUACAACUGCGACAGUCCGUGGAGCCUGAUCGAAUCGGCAGUGAAGACCAUGAAGGCCAAGCAGGGUGACAACGUGGAGUUCGUCCUGUGGACCGGAGACGCCCUCUCGCACUCUGCUCAGCCGCUGUCCGAGCAAAAGCAGCACGAGAUCCUACAAAAUAUCACGGAUCUGCUGCGCCGGAGCUUCUCCUCGCAGUUCAUCUUCCCGGUUUUGGGUCACGAGGACGGGAGUGGCAGCUACCGAAGAUUGGGCGAACUGUGGCGCCACUGGCUGCCUUCGGAGGCGCUGGUGACCUUCGACCAGGGCGGCUACUACUCCAUCGAACAGACCAAGAGCCGGCUGCGAAUCGUGGCUCUGAAUACGAAUUUUAUGCGACUCGAAUCCGAUCCGGAUUCCAGGACAUCGCACAGCUUGCGAUGGUCAUCUGAAUACUAUACGGAACCCAAAGCAUCCGUUAGCUCCAUUUCGGCCGAGGAUGAACUGCUGGCGGAGCAACAAUGGCUCUGGCUAGAGGAGGUCCUCACCAAGUCCAAGGAAAAACAGGAAACGGUCUACAUAGUGGGUCACAUGCCGCCGGGCGUGGACGAACGUCACCUGGGGCCCCGGCACAGUCAGGUGACCUUCACGGAGCGCAAUAACCAACGCUACCUGGAGAUGGUCCGUAAAUUUGCCCCGGUCAUCCAGGGCCAGUUCUUCGGUCACCUGCACUCGGACACCUUUCGCCUGAUCUACGAUGCCAAAGGCAUUCCCAUUUCGUGGCUGAUGAUUGCCCCAUCGAUUGCGCCCCGCAAGGCCGGCAUCGGCUCAUCGAAUAAUCCCGCCCUGCGGCUGUACAAGUUCGACACUGGGAGCGGCCAGGUGCUGGACUACACCCAGUUCUGGCUGGACCUGACCCAGGCCAACCGAGCCGACGAGCCCACCUGGGUGCUGGAGUACAACCUGACGCAAUACUACGGCCUGACAGAGAUCUCCGCCGGAGCGCUGAACCAGUUCGCCGAGCGCUUCACGGGCACAGACCCAUCCUGGUUCUUCAGAUAUCAACGAGCCAACACAGUGCGAUAUCAGACCGGGUCGGACUGCUCGGGCCGCUGCAUGCUCAAUCAUUACUGCGCCAUCACGCGCCUGGACUACGAUGAGUUCCGGGUCUGCUUGGAGAAGGAGCAGCUGGCGCUGCUGGGACACGCCCCCACCGCCCGAGCGCCCACAUCCUGGAGCUUGCUGCUCGGCGUACUCGGCGCUUUUUAUGGCCUCCACACGGGAUGGGGGGCCGGGCGAUGCAACAAUUGCCACAUCCAGCGAAUUUAAGCGUUCUCGCUUAAGCGGAACCAUAUCAAAGUGGGGUUGAGCCCCAGGAUGCGCACUCAGUCACUCAGAAAAAUAAAUCGUCCUUAAAUACAAAAACUAGGUCACAUUUUAUUUCUUCACAAUUGGCGUACAUUUUAACAAGGUAAUAUUGUUCUAAAAAAAAUUAUAGUUAGUUAAAAUCAGAGAAAAGUAAAUUAUAAAACAUUAAAUUAAUAAAAAUUUAUAAAUACUUAAAAAGAACGUUUUUUUUAUUAGUUAAAAAAAUGUAGUCCCCAAAUUAACCUGAGUUAUUUCUAAGUCUUUAAAUACAUUUUCAAAAUUAAUAAAUUUGUUUUAAGAAACUAGUUAAUUUAUGAAGACUUUCAUAAGAAAUGCCUAAAACAAAGUAUUUAUUUAGGAUUUAUUAUUUUGGUUGUAUAGGUACACAAUUUGGAAAAACUAAACCAUUAUUACUUUGUAGCUUUUUUAAAGAUUUGUUUUAUUAUCCAUUUAUUCUUUAUAUUCAAUACUUAAUAGAACUAAAUUUUAUUUAUUGUUUUUGUAAUAUAUUGCGUUAUAUUUUUCUUUUAUUGUAUACAUUUUUAAGAAUACUAUACAAUACACUUAGUUAUAAAAAUAAAUUUUAAGGAACUUCUAUUUAGGUACGAUUUUUGCUUUUCUGAGUGUACCGAUGGGCAUAUAGAUAGUAAUGGAAAUAGGAAUGUGAGAGCAAAAAGGACGAGAAGGAGGAUGACUUGCGGAACGGGCUGAGCAAUUCCUAUG